AUGCUACACAAGGCCAUCUUGAUCGAGCAACAAGUUAAAAGGAAGAGUUUCUCAAAGCCGGCCAUUACCUCUAAACCGGCCUACUCUCCUAGACCGGCUUUUGCUCUUAAGCCAAGCUACCAAGACAAAGGUAAGUCUUCUUCCACAACACAUAAUGCUUUUAAAACUGAUGUCCCUGCUCGUGAUGAGAAAGGAAAGGCAGUUGAUACUUUUGGCCGAGCAAGAGACAUUAGGUGUUUCAAAUGUCAAGGUCUAGGACAUUUUGCCAAAAACUGUCCCAACCAACGAGUGAUGAUUCUUACGGAGAAUGGAGAAGUUGAAUCUGAGGAUGAGCAGGAGAACAAAGAAGAUCUUCGUCCUAUCUUUGAUGAAGAGGAUGAGUCCUUUGGAUAUCCGCAUCAAGGGCCACUACUCGUUUCUAGGAAAGGCAUGGUCAAGUCUAUUUUCGAUGAGACGGACGACCGCUUGGUCGAUGGUUCCGACCCAGCCUUUGAUGAUGAGUCCGACCCGAUCUAUGAUGAGGUGCCUUGCUUCGACUAUCCAGCUCAUGGUCCUCUACUUGUCACAAGAAGAACUCUGAGUGUCCAACCCAAAAACAAUGAAAAGGAACAAAGGGAGAAUCUCUUUCAUUCUCGAUGUUUAGUUUCUGAAAAGGUUUGCUCUUUGAUUAUUGAUGGUGGGAGUUGUAGUAAUGUUGCUAGUGACACUCUUGUCAGGAAACUAGGACUUGCUACUCGGCCUCUCUCUCGUCCUUUCAGGUUGGAAUGGCUAAACGAGGCUGGAGAACAGUAUGUGAAAGAGCAAGUCACUGUCCCUAUUACCAUUGGCCGAUAUGAGGACGAGGUCGUUUGCAACGUUCUUCCUAUGGACGCAUGCCACAUUCUCUUGGGCCGGCCAUGGCAAUUUGAUAAGAGAGCCGUGCAUGAUGGCUUCACAAACCAACACUCCUUUGAUCAUAAAGGGAAGAAGAUCACGCUUGUUCCUUUGACACUUUUGGAGGUUCAUCAAGAUCAGAUCCAGCUCAAGAGGAACCGUGACAAGGAAACCAAGCCAGAUGAACCUGAAUCAUCCCAACGGAACUCCAAUUUCUAUAUCAAACAAACUCAGAAGUAUUAUGACUUUUUUCCAGAUGAGAAUCCUAAGGGAAUACCUCCAGUACGAGGCAUUGAGCAUCAGAUCGACCUUGUUCCAGGUGCGUCUUUACCAAACCGGCCAGCUUAUCGUACCAAUCCGGUAGAGACCAAGGAACUUCAGAAACAGAUUGGUGACCUUCUUGAGAAAGGCUACAUCCGGGAAAGCCUCAGUCCUUGUGCCGUUCCUGUCCUUCUCGUGCCCAAAAAGGAUGGUUCUUGGCGCAUCAAAAACCUUGAAGAUCAUAAGAUGCAUCUCAAAUCUGUUCUUGAAGUUCUUAGGAAAGAAAAACUCUUUGCCAAUCUUGGUAAAUGCUCUUUUGGAACAGAUCACGUGGUGUUCUUAGGUUUUGUUGUAGGUGCUGAUGGACUUAGAGUGGACGAGGAGAAAAUCAAAGCCAUCCGAGACUGGCCAAGUCCUUCGACCGUGGGCGAGGUAAGAAGCUUUCAUGGUCUGGCCGGUUUCUAUAGACGGUUUGUUCCGGACUUCAGUUUCAUUGCUGCUCCUCUGACUGAAGUGAUCAAGAAGAACGUUGGUUUCAAAUGGGAACAAGCCCAAGAAAAAGCUUUUCAGAUGUUAAAAGUGAAGUUGACUCAUGCUCCUUUACUUGAUAAGAAACCCAUUGCUUACUUCAGUGAGAAGCUUGGAGGUGCCACACUCAACUACCCCACCUAUGACCAGGAGCUAUAUGUGUUGGUGAGAGCUCUCCAAACGUGGCAACACUAUCUUUGGCCUAAGGAGUUUGUUAUCCACACGGACCACCAGUCCUUGAGACAUCUUAAGGGUCAACAGAAACUGAACAAGAGACACGCACGUUGGGUUGAGUUCAUUGAGACAUUUCCUUGA